GGAGGACGUCUCGCGAUACGGGACGUGUUUUGGUGGACGCAUAGGAAGUAUUGCGGAAGAGGAGGCUUCUUCGUUACGGCUAACAAACGAAGCUAAUUAUCCGUCCGAGAAGUUGCUUCUUUAUUGCCUUUUACGCCUAAAACAAACACCCGGAAAGUAAGGGGCAAAGAUGACCGCCGCGCCUUACAACUACUCCUACAUCUUCAAGUACAUCAUCAUCGGUGACAUGGGUGUGGGCAAGUCGUGUUUACUGCACCAGUUCACAGAGAAGAAAUUCAUGGCCGACUGCCCUCACACCAUCGGCGUGGAGUUUGGCACCAGGAUCAUGGAGGUCCAUGGCCAGAAGGUGAAGCUUCAGAUCUGGGAUACGGCGGGCCAGGAGCGCUUCAGGGCUGUCACCCGGUCCUACUACAGGGGAGCCGCCGGGGCCCUAAUGGUCUAUGACAUCACCAGGAGGAGCACCUACAAUCAUCUCAGCAGCUGGUUGACGGACGCCAGGAACCUGACCAAUCCAAACACGGUGAUAAUCCUGAUUGGCAACAAAGGCGACCUGGAGGCGCAGAGAGACGUCACGUACGAGGAAGCCAAACAGUUUGCGGACGAGAACGGUUUGCUCUUCCUGGAGGCCAGCGCCAAGACAGGCGAGAACGUAGAGGAGGCCUUCCUGGAGGCAGCCAAACGCAUCUACCAGAACAUCCAGGAUGGCAGCUUAGACCUGAAUGCUGCCGAAUCAGGAGUGCAGCACAAGCCGUCCGCGCCGCAGGGAGGGCGACUCAACGCGGACAGCCAGCCACCCAAAGACGGAUGCAGCUGCUAACCAAUCAACGGACCAAACGACGGACAGACACAAAGACGGACGGACGCAUUGCUUCUUUUUUUGCUCUCCUGGUCGGGAGUCUCUCUGAACUCACCUGAAUCCCCAACGUCUCGUUCCGGAACCCUCAAGCGGGAAGUACGUUUCAACACAAGUCUGCUUCACUCGCCUCCUCACAGAAUUCCCCAAAAGAGAAAUAAACAUUGUUCUUGCACGUGGAUGUGAAAGUGUACCCGUCACAUUCCAAGGGCUGCUCCUCUCUCAGACCCCAAAAACCCAUCACUUUUUUGUUGUUGUUUUUUUUCUGUCCUCUACGGCUACACCCUGUUAAGUCCAUCUGCUCUGUUGUCCUUCAUUACGGUUUCUUCCGGACUGAAAGAUUCCAAACCUUUUUGUCCGCUCUUACGCUCAUUCCCUUGCCACAAUGCAUUUGGUAGCGCAAAGAAGCAGUUCUACUUCAGUCCAGGUCCCCCCAAAAAAUCUGCAAUGAUAAUAGACAAGAUAAUGGGAUUGGAAAGUCAAAGAAAUCUCUCUGAUGGACUGGCUGGAUUUAGUUUCGAGUCCAAAGUUCACCCCUAUUUUCAUUUCCAGACCAAACCUGUUGACAAAGUAAGGUCCUAAACCAGUUGUCUAUCAGUCCAGGUCAGAAAGAACUGGAACAAUCACAUACGGAGUCAAAUGACGAGAAAAUUCACUUGAAAUGUUAGUUCUCGACUCAGGUCCCCUUUCUGGAAUGGAAUGGAUCUAGAAUGAUUGCCAACUUGGAACUCCAAACAGUCCACAAGUAGCGUUUCUUUUGGACUGGAACCUGUUGCAUGUUUCAUGUCCAAAGACUCUCAUUCUCAGACCAUAAUGGUGGACUAACUAGGUUCUGAACCAGGUCUUCUACAAUCUGGUAGGAAAGAGCCAGAUGACUUGCAGACUGGAACAUACGUUCAGACCGUCCACCAAGACCAAUUUUUCUGGACUUGAAGUUCAGAGUCCACCAAGAGUCUCAUUUCUAAAUUAGACACGUGGACCAAGAAAGCCCUAAAGCUCGUCCCUCUUUGUGUGCCUCACAAAGAUUCGAAAUCCAAACACCAGUCCAGAAUCUCAAGGUUCAAUGAUCCUGGCUCGUUCAACUAGUGUUUCAUCCCAGUUUUUUUUUUUCUCCAAUGACAAACGUCUUGAACGUAAAAGUGUGGUUCAAGGAAGGUCCAAAGGUUUUUGAAGGAACGUAAAAACAGACUUUUUAAAGUUCUUUUUUUUUUUUUUUUUUAAAUGAGACCAUUCUUUUGGGUUAUUAUUUAAAGUCCUUCAAUUGAAUGUUUUUCUGUUUAAUGUUUUCUAGCAAGCCCAAAAUGCUAGCUCACAGUACACUCAUUCCUGAUGUAGCAUUCCGGAUGCGUUUUAGCUCGCUCGCUUCCUUUACGGGCCUCCUAGCUAAACGAGCGCAGGGGCAGCCUCUGUAGUCCCGUUGAGUUAACGCUAAAAUAUUUUUGGGGGACGAUAGGGGUUGUUUAAGUGUGCACUUUUUUGCUGCUUUGUGAUUGGUUGACAGCAGCCCCACCUUCGGUCAGCAUCUUUGCUUGUCUGUCUCAAUGUAUGUUUAGCAAUUGUUCAAUAUUUUAAAAAAAUAAACUUUUCUUCUUGGAGACACUAA